CUUGGUCCUCAUGGUAGCCCAGCAGCUGUCCGCACUAGACUGGGGUGGACCUUGCAGGGCCCGUGUCAGUCGACGGGGCGGCCAGCUCACCCAGCUCAAUGCCUGUUCACCUCUGUUCCACCACCCAUGGAUGAUCUCUACAGGCAUGUGGAGAGACUCUGGCAAGUGGAUACAGUCCCCUACAGGCCAGAGAGGGAAGUGACACGAUCCAAGCAGGAUCAGCAAGCCAUAGCCCUGCUGGAGACGAAGACAGGACGUACCGAGGCUUGGUCCUGUUGGGAGGCGGAGCUCAAGCAUCUGCCGGACAUUACCAUGCCACGUCCGUAUGCGCCUGCGGAUAGCCACCGCGAAGGGACCACUCGGCAAGUGCACAUCUUUGCUGACGCCUCAGAAAAGGCCUACGGGGCUGUAGCCUUCCUCCGAACCGAAGACAACCAGGGUAAGGUACAUUUAUCCUUUGUUCUGGCUCGCUCCCGCAUAGCCCCUAAGCGUGUGCAUUCUGUACCUCGCCUUGAGCUGUGUGCGGCUCUUGUAGCAGCGCAGUUGGCUUCCACCCUCAAGAAAGAGCUUGCUCUCCCAGUACACAGCACAGUAUUGUGGUCUGACUCUACCACUGUACUCACCUGGCUACACUCGCAAUCCUGUCGAUACAAGGUGUUUGUAGGGUCAAGAGUAGCUGAGAUCCAGGAGCUUACGGAAGGCUUUGUUUGGCGCUACGUAGACUCAGACAACAACCCUGCCGACGACCUGACAAGAGGGAAGACAUUGAUAUCCCUGUUGGAGCCCAAUCGAUGGUCACAAGGACCCACCUUCCUUCUACAGGGUCCAACCACCUGGCCAGAAAUGCCACACGGUAUUCCACCUGAUGAUGCCGCUGAACUAAGGAAAGGUACGUUCUGUGGGUCCACCGUCACCUCACCUGACAUUGCCAUUCUACAAGACAAGACGUGCAACACCUGGCAGGAACUCAUGGACGCUACUGCAAGGGAGCUUCAUGGCCAGGCCCCUCCGAUCUACUCACCUACCGCUGAAGAAUACCGACAAGCUGAAGUACUCAUCCUUCAACGAGCCCAGAAGCAAUCCUUCCCAGACGAUUGUGCUCAGCUGUCUGCAGGGAAGCCUGUUAAAACUUCGAGUCGACUUCUUACUCUAGCGCCAGUCAUCGACACCUCCAUCGACCUAAUCAGAGUAGGAGGCCGGUUACGCCGUCUAGAGGGCCAGAACGAGGUCACCCCACACCCUAUCGUCCUCGACGCCUCACACCCUGUGACCCGCCUGCUCAUAAAGAAAUAUGACCAGGACCUUAAACACCCAGGGCCAGAGCGAGUCUUUGCAGAGUUGCGGAGGACCUAUUGGAUCAUUCACGGCCGUGAAGCAGUUCGUCGCUAUCAACGUUCCUGUGUAGAUUGUCAGCGCUGGCGGGCCAAGCCUUCCAUACCUAAAAUGGCUGACCUCCCAACCGCACGCCUCCAGUUGCAUAAACCUGCCUUCCACGCCACUGGCAUGGACUGUUUCGGUCCCAUGUUAGUAAAGGUUGGACGACGCCAUGAGAAACGCUGGGGUCUCAUCUUCAAGUGCUUGACCACCAGAGCGGUACAUCUGGACCUCAUACGAAAUAUGGACACCGAUGCUUUCCUGAUGGCUUUGAGGCGAUUCAUUGCCAGAAGAGGAACCCCCUCGGAACUGUGGUCAGACCACGGGACCAAUUUCAAGGGGGGAGAGAAGGAGCUUCGGGAAGCCUUCACAAGUAUGUGUCCAACCCUACAAAGUCAACUCGCUCCACGUAAAAUCAAAUUCAACUUCAACCCCCCAGCAGCCCCUCACUUUGGUGGAGUAUGGGAGAGAGAAGUACGAGCAGUCAAGUCUGCACUCCGCACCUGUCUAGGUACUGAGCCUAUCCAUGAGGACGUCCUCUCCACCGUCCUGUUGGAAGUGGAGGCCAUUCUCAACUCAAAACCUUUGGGCUAUGUGUCUGCUGACCUGUCUGACGUCGACCCCGUGACCCCCAACAGCCUCCUACUGGGGCGGCCUGAUGGAUCACUCCCCCAGAUCGUCUACCCGAAGAGCGAAAUCCUGAGCCGAAGGCGCUGGCGGCACUCCCAAGUCCUUGCCGACCAGUUUUGGUCAAGAUUCAUCAGGGAUUACCUACCGGGAUUGCAAACAAGACAGAAAUGGCAAGCCUCCCCCCCCGACCUCCUGGAGAAGUCAGUGGUCAUGAUCACCGAGCCACAGUUACCCCGUGCCAUGUGGCCUAUUGGUCAUGUGACGAAGGUUCAUCGCAGUGACGAUGGCCACAUAAGGUCAGCUGAUGUCGACAUUAAAGGGCGGCAGUACACCCGACCAGUAGCUCGACUGGUGGUGCUACCAGCCCUCCCAGCGGAAGUGACUCAGGACUCUCAUAAAGACUGAUGAGCCUUUGUUUGAAACAAAUGUGCCCUGCACAUUUGGGGGCGGCUGUACAACAGGCUGUGACAUCGUUUGCAUGUUGUGUUGUUCUAUGUGCAUGUCUGUGUUGGCAGCGGCUCUGCCUAUUUUCCCGCUCCGCAUGUCACGUGAUUCCAUGGGGUGACGCGGCGUUCUCUGCGCAUGAGCAGGGCACUCCGGAAGAGAGCAGUUCGCGGUAUGGUGGGGUAGAAGUUUUCUAGUUAUAGUUGAAGCAAGUAAAAAAGCCGAGUUCAUGACCAAAAGGUAAGCCCUAGAUCGUUGUUGUCGUAUAAUAAGUAUAUUUGUUUGUAUUUGUUGCCAUCGUGUCAGUUCGGGUCCUUGUAUGGCACUCUGAGCGGAUUCGCGGACGAGAGACACUUUCCUGUUGCCGCCAUUCCUGUUCCUCAUUUCGAUCACUAGAGGUCUCCCCAGACCAUCCGAUUGCCCACAUUACGAUGAGUGUCAUUAAGAUAAGUAUAAUGCGGCCACUCGUAGCGUUAGAAUUCAACUAUACUCCGCAAUCAUUCCGCAAUUCUAUCAAUCUGCAAUUCUAUUAUGACCUUCAAUCCUGCUACUCAAUAAACCUGUCCAUCCCUCCAUCUA